AUGGCGAAAUCACUUAAGCUACGUGCCGAAGAUCCGGUGAAAUACAAUGUAGGAUGGAGACGCAUCGUGCGAAAUUUCAGUCCGUCAUGGUUUGCAAUCACUAUGGGCACUGGCAUUGUUUCAGUGUUGAUGAUAUCGGUCCCUUUUGAUGCUCCAGUGCUAUAUUACUUGUCGAUUGUCUUCUUCCUACUCAAUAUCGUGUUCUUUAUUCUAGCUUCCGUUACAUCUGUUCUCCGAUACACCUUAUAUCCUGAAAUAUGGAACGUGAUGAUCCAGGAUCCCAUCAAUUCACUGUUUUUGGCGACAAUCCCAAUGGGGUUUGCGACCCUCAUCGAGAUGUGGGUGUUCGUUUGCGUGCCCGUCUGGGGAGAAUGGGCCAAAACAGUUGUAUGGGUUUUAUGGAUGAUAGAUGUGGUAGCUGCGGCUUCUGUGACUCUGUCUAUGUCCUUCAUCUUGAUAUCUCAGCGCUACAUCACCUCCCUAGACAGGAUAACUGCAAUUCAAUUAUUGCCAAUCGCAGCAACUAUUGUGGCGGCGGGUGCUGGCGCAGAAGUUGCUAUUAUCUUACCAGACAAACCACAUGCGCUAGGAACGCUUCUCGUCUCGUUCAUUCUCUGGGGUAUGGGCACUCCGUUGGCAAUUGCGGUGUUGGUAAUCUAUUAUCAGCGGCUUGCAGUGCAUAAGCUUCCACCGAGGGAAAUAGUUGUGAGCUGUUUUCUACCCCUGGGGCCUCUUGGCUUUGGUGGGUUCGGCAUCCUUUAUAUCGGAAAAGUAGCACGCGUGCUAUUACAGGAUUCCCAAUUCCUGGACCCUAUCACGGGCCAGAUGGCAUACGUCUUAGGCGUCUUUAUAUCCCUGCUCAUGUGGAGCUUCGGCUUGAUUUGGCUCGUGUUCGCCCUAGCUACCGUUCUAUACAGGUCUCCCUUUCCUUUUAAUAUGGGUUGGUGGGGAUUUACCUUCCCGCUUGGGGUGUAUGCCGCCAACACGAUGCAACUGGGCAUUGAAAUGGACAUCAUGUUCUUUAAAGUUCUCGGUACCGCCUUCAGUGGUGCUGUUUUGUUAUUGUGGAUGUUGGUUGCAUCACGAACUGCAAAUGGGGCAUGGCACGGAACCCUGUUUUAUGCCCCAUGCUUACAAAACUUGGCCUCGAAGGGAGAGGGGGCUGAGCGAGAUCAAGAUCAACAUCGCGCUUUUGUCUUCGUACAUGGCCUGAACCCAAGUGGUCGAAACGAUCAUCCUUUCCAGACAUGGACGCAUAGCAAUGGCAAGUUCUGGCCGAGGGAUUUCCUAGCUGAGGACAUUCCAUACGCGCGCGUCUUUGUCUACGGAUACAAUUCAAAUAUCACUCAUCCACAGACCAUGUCAACGGCAAGCAUCAAGGACCACGCGAAUACUCUAUUGAAUUUGUUGGAUAUGGAACGUGGUCCCCAGAUGGGCUCUGUUCCACCAAAAGUGAUAUUUAUUGGACAUAGCUUAGGAGGGUUGGUGAUCAAACAGGCACUUCUCAAUGCCAAAGAAGAUCCAAAAUAUACUUCUAUUCGUUCGGCAACUUCUGGUCUCGUGUUUUUUGGGACACCUCAUCGUGGCGCAAAGGCUGUGGAACUGGGGAAAAUCGCAGCUCGAGUGGCCCGCUUUGUGUCCAAAGGCCACGCUAGCAAUGACCUUCUCGACUGCCUGGAGCACAAUUCACUUUUCACGCGCCAAAUGACAGAUCGGUUCCGACAUCAACUUGAAGAUUAUCGUGUUGUUAGCUUCAUUGAAGGGAAAGAGGUGCAAAUAGGGGGAGUUGGACCAGCGUCUAUCAGUCAUCUUGUGGUUGAUGAGGAGUCCGCGGUUCUCGGGUUGUCCGGUUUACGCGAAACCCAACUCAAGCUCGACGCAGACCAUUCGCAGAUGUGCAAGGUGGGCGCUCGGGGUCCUAUGUAUCGUUUGAUCAAAGGAAACAUCAAACAGCUGGUCGAUCAGGCGCUUUUGUCCGAGCAAGGCUUCAUUCCACAAUCAGUGCCUUUGUCUGCUUCAUCUCCACCACCAGUACCACCUCGCAUGCAUUCGAAUAGUAGUACCCCAUACCAAGGCCAGGGUCGCCCAUCUCCAGCGCAGAGGGUUACAGGAGUGAUGUUCAAUGCUCUGGAUAAUGACCCGCGAUCUGUUCGCUCUGCAGAACUCAAAAAUCGGGCUCGAUGGGACGAAGCCCGAACCGUCGAAUAUGAGAUUUUCCAGGAGCAUUUGCGUAGCCUUGGUCCCGAUCAUUUCAGUACACUGUCAGUGGCAUACAAUCUAGCUGAAGUGGAACUGGAGACCAACUACUUGGAGAAAGCAAGUGAAUGGUGUCAUUGGGUUUCCGAAAAUGCCCAACGCGUCUUUGGGGCAAAGCAUCCUCUGGCAAUGAAGACGGAAAGCUUGGCGGCAGAGGUAUUGUGCCAGCAGGGCAUGUAUCAGGAGGCGGAGUCAGUCUGCGCCAACGUGUUGGCCCGUCAGCAAAUGACUAUCGGCGAAGACCAUUUGGACACCUGUGACACCCGGCGCCGAUUGGGGAUGACUUACAAUGCGCUUGGUCGCCGGGAAAAUGCUGUCAUGACUGCAGAAAAGCUGACAGACAGCCUAAAACGUCUGCUUGGAGAAACCCACAUCCGUGUAUUCGGAUCUGUGUUGGACGGGCUGGAGUAUAUCAUUAGCAACCAAUCUGGGAACGCAACUACCCUGAUUGUUAUGCGUUUUCAGCCCGAUGUACAACAGGCCUUGGAGAUGUUGUUACAAGUCUACCAAGAGCUUCGGACUGCCUUGGGUCAUGGACACCCGUCUACCAUCCGUGCUCUCUCUCUCCACGGCCGAGCACAAAGCUUUAUGCAGCAGAGCAUGGAGGCCUCGGAGACGCUACGCCGGGCUCUGGCCAGUGCAGAGGAAGCAUUAGGGCACGAUCAUCCGUUGACGAUGGAUAUCGUGGGCAAUAUUGGCGUCAUGUACGCUCUGCAAAACGGCUAUGCGUCAGGUUACCUCACCAACAAUCGUGCCGCGGAAGCGUUCCCCUGGUUGAUACGAUAUUUGAACUGGGUCGAACAUCGCAAAGGCAAAGACAACCCCGAGACGCAAGCCACACUGGAGCUGCUGGCCAAUUUACACUUCAAUGCUAAAGAAUAUGAACCAGCCCAGAAGUACUAUGAGCGCCUGAUAGCGAAUAUGCGCAGGACUGACUCAGCAGCGAACGAACGCAUCAACGCUCAGCUCCAGCUGUGUCGAGCGAACACCAUGUACACCCGUCGAGGCCUAGGGGCAGGGCUGGGUGGGUUCUUGUCCAACUUGCAGCGAUAA